UUAGGAACUUUUGAUAGUUGUCAAACAAAUUUUGAAAAUUAUUUUAAUCAAAUAAUAUUUAUUUCGUAUUGCUUUCAUUUUCCAAUUAUUAUAUUCUAAUGAUGAAUACAAAAUAUGCGACUGGAAAAUGUGAAACGAUGUGCCCUAUCGAAGAAAUGAAAAUGAGGCAAAGAGAAAAAUUGCUACACGUAUUCGAAAUGGUGCCAGGCACCGAAAAAAGGAAUCCCUUAGUUGACCCAAAUAGGGCUGUUAAAAUGUAUAAUAGAUCCGCAGCAGGAAAAUUUAUGACCAAUGAAAACUUUCUAAGGCCUCCUGAUGUCCUCUUGAAAACUGUAAAAUUUUUGCUUGAAAAUGUGAUAGAAGACACAAGAUAUUCUUGGUUAACGAAAUAUGAUUUUAUAACAGAUAGAUUAAGGGCAGUCCGACAAGAUAUGAUCAUACAGAAUGUUUCCCGAUCACAAGCCAUAAGUUUAUUAGAACCAAUGGUCAGAUUUCAUGCUUAUUCUGCAUAUUGGUCAUGUGAUCAAGACAUAUAUCAUUUUGAUCCACAUUUAAACAGAAAAACUCUCCAGGAAUGUUUGAAUAAUUUACUGAUUUUGUAUGAUCAAGUUGAAAAAUUUCCAUCAUCACAUUAUGAGGAAAGAUUCCUGAAUCACAUAAAUAUAUCCAGACCAUUCUUUGAAGCUUUGAAUCUCAUAUUGAAUUUGGGCAAUGAAGAAAUUCUCUUCAGACUGAUAUGUCUCCCCACGAAGUUUAGAACUUCUAUUGUGAAGACUGCAAUCUUGAUGGCUGUUAAUUAUAUGAGGAAAAAUUUUGUGAAAGUGUGUAGAUAUAUUAGAGAUUUGACGCCUUUACUAGCAGGUAUAUCUAUAUUACAGCUUCCAGUCGUUAGAAGGAAAACCCUCCAAAUAAUGUCGGUAGCUUAUAGCAGUAAGAACUUGAAAUUUCCUCUGCAUGACCUGAAGCAGUUGUUGAUAUAUGAAUCAAUAAAUGAUGUUUUUGAAGAUUGUACACACUUUGGUCUACAUACAAAUGAAGAUUGUGUUCAUUUUGAUAAGAAUUCAUUUAAUAAUUUAGUGGAAGAGGUAAAAUGAACUUUCUUUUGCAGA